AUGGAUACAAAUAACAAUAAAUAUUUUACGUGGAAUAUUGCACAAUUAAAGCAAGAGUUAAAAAACCGUGGACUUCGCACAACAGGUAAAAAGAAGAUUUUGCAAGAACGGUAUGAGGUACACAAAACUCUUGGUAAAGAAAUGUAUGAAAAUCGGUACCUUAUGCAUGCAAGGAUAGCCGAGAAUAAAAAUUCAAUUUUCAUCCAAGGGCACUGUUUAGCACAAAUGAAGAAAUCGGUUCAAUAUAAAUCUGACAUCCAAAUUUCAAAAUCUACUGGUUUCAUUGAUGGAACUCAUUGUGAAUGUGCUGUGGGCAGUGAUGACACUGCUCACUGUAAGCACAUCGCAGUACUUCUUUGGGCAAUGGAAGAAAUGGAGAGAGAAAAAAAAAUGAUCUUACGAACAGUUUGUACGCAAGAACUUCAAACAUUUCACCGAUCAGCCAAAUCUUUUUUUGGGUCUCCCAUUAAAGCUGAGGCAUUACCUAGUAAAAGUCGCGAUCUUUCAUUGAGUCUUGACCCAGUAGUUUUGGAUCCAAGUAUUAUUAACAAGCAAUCGUAUUGUGAAAAACAACGUAACCGAGCAAUAAAUUAUGCUGCUAGUUACAAAACAACAAUGCCAUUUCUUCGGCUGUUUGCACCAGCUGACACUUAUUGUGCAAUCUGGGACCACAAUUACACUAAUAUU